AUGACGGACGACAUAAAAAAAUAUUUCAAUGGACUACUGCAAAAGGUAAAUGGAUUAUAUGUUAUACAGAUAACGGAUCGUGAUGGUGUGCCACUACUGAGGGUAAGUCAUGACCAGAAUGUGGAUUUCUCUUUAAUGCCUUCAUUUAUACCAACAUUUACUACCGCCAGCGAUCAAGCUGGCAAAUUAGGAUUAGGGCGAAAUAAAACCAUCAUUUCCAUGUACUCCAAUUAUCAGGUAGUUCAAAUGAACAAAUUGCCAUUAAUAUUAACAUUUGUUGGUGCGGAAGAUUGUAACACUGGGCACAUUUUAGCUUUAGAGCAUCAAUUAGAUGCACAUUUAGAAGAGAUUAAAAUGGCUGUCAGUGAAGCAUAAGGCCGUUGAUGGCAUAUUAAAAAAAUAUUUUCAACAGCUUCAUUACGUAUUAUAUAUAUUAUAUUUAUGU